UGGCAGUUGCGUAGAGGCUCUCCCGUGCUUGAGAGUCAUUCUGUUUGGCUGUUUGUAGAUCCGGGAGUUUUCAAGGAAUGCCGUACAUACGUCGUGGUUUUUUAUGAGGCGGGUGAAGUGAAGCGACGCGAUGUCUCGGUGUCCAGUGCUGAUUCUUGCAGAUUGUUAGUUACUGGAAGCAGGAGGGAAAUCCGUCGAGUAUGGUCACCGCAUGGCACCCAGAUGGCCAUGAAGUAGGCCACGUGGCCUCUCUUGUGGCCAUGUCCCUCCUCACCGCCCUCUCGUUGCUGGCCAACCUGCUGGUGACGGCGGCGGUGCUAGGAAGCCCGCAGCUCAGGACAACGUGGAACAACUGCUUUGUCUUGAAUCUGUGUCUGACGGAGGCGGCGGCUGCGGUGGUGGUGCUGCCGCUCUCCGUCACCGCCUUCGUCAGCGAGCCCGAGGAGCUGGCCCCGGGACUCUGCGUCUUUGCGCACUUUUUCCACUCCUGUCUGGUCAACGUGAUUACCUGGACGCUCUGCCUCAUUAGCGUGGACAGGCACUACUUGAUCCUGAUGCCCAUGACGCACGCCGCGGAGGUGACGCUGUUCCGGGCGCUGGUGGCGAUCCUGGUGGUGUGGGCCGUCAGCGUUCUGCCUGCGGGGUACCUGAUCGUGACUGCAGAGCCAUGGCGUGGAGGCACCGUGUGCUGCGCGUGGGGCCUCGGGGUAUCCUCGUCCAACACAGGUUACGUCCUAACUGUGGCACUCCUGGAGUUCCUAAUUCCUGCCCUCACUAUGCUCUCCAUGUACGCGUCUAUUUUCAGGGUCGCUUGGCGUGCAGUACGGCGCGUGGUUCCCGUGACAACUCAAGUACAAACCAUCAGCGAGAGAGUGACGAGCAAGGAGGAGCCGCUCGUCGCCAGGAGCAUCUUCUCUCUCCUCCCGGCAAUCGAGGGAAGAGCCUUUCCCUUGGGCAAGGACGUCGUGGGCAAAACGAACGCAAACGACCGCACAGCGGAGCAGAGCAGGGGAGGCGUCUUUGGGUUGGUGUCGCCGUUUCUGGGCCACGAGGCUGAGGAAGCGACGUCCGUUUUAACGCCGAUAGACGGGUUCUUAGACAGCGUGACGUGGGUGGCUGGCACGCCCACUCCCACCUCGCCCUCCACCUCCGCCACGCUCAUGCUCUCCGCCUCAGCCUCCUUCGGGGAAUCCUAUCCCAAGACGAAGCUCGGGAAAAUGGCGAGUAACUCCGGACCGCGCGGAGCUUCUGGCCAAGGUAAGGCCAAGAAAGCUGCCCGGACCCUUCUGCUGGUGGUGGGGACCUUCUGGAUCCUCUGCGGCCCUUACUACGUCUUCAACACGUACGUGGCUCUAGCGCACCUGGCUCCCGACGCGUAUAGCGAAGCCAUGGAGGAAGGUUUGAAGUUGCUGAAGGUGGCCCUCGAAGAGCGGAGGAGCGUCGAGGUGACACUCAAGCAGCUGGAACAGACGCUGAACUACACCCUUCAUAACGCUAGUCUGCCUUGUAGGAUUAGCUCUCAGGUGGGCGGGGAAAAGGCGCAGGUACUGGAGACUUUGGCUCAUCUCACAGAAUGGCUCCUCUAUGGCUCCCUCCUCGUUAACCCUUUCCUAUACGGACUCCUCAAUCGAGCCAUUCGGACGCAGCUCUUUCGUCUGAUGGAGGGCGCUUGGAAUUCGUGCUGGGGGUGCGGCCGCGAGAACAAGAUCGCGCCUUCGGAUGCCUUUGUGUCGGAGGACGCGAGUGAGGCCGAAGGAGUGGAGGAUGACCUGCCCGGCCACGACCAAGAGAGCCUCGAGAAUAUCCUAGAAUUCCUUCAGAGGACUGCAGACAAAGGUCAAAUUGCCAAGGAGAAGGAGCAGUCAAGAAAUAUACUAGAUGUUUCCAGCAACUGUCCCUCAGUAUUGUGA